AUGGCGCUGCCGCCCGCGCACCCUCCCUUCGUGGACUCCGUGCGGCGGCGCGGGCUGAACGUCAGCGACGUCGGCUGCGGGGUGAUCUCCAGGGGGUGGUUCGGCGCCGCCCAGCCGGCCUACGGCGGCGGCAGGGUGGCGAUGGCGAAGAUGCAGUGCUUCGUGACCGCCGGGUCGACCAACUUCUACGCGCGGCCGCUGGAGGGCGUGACGCUGGUGGUGGACGCGUGGCCAUCGUCGGGUACCGGACAGGGUGGUGGAGCCGGUGCCCAAGGCCGAGGGCACGGACUACCGGGCGGAGAAGCUCGGCCCGCCCUUCACCGGGCCGGCCACGGCGCCCGGCGUGGUCGUGCAGCCGGAGGGCAGCGGAUUCCACAUUGA